AUGAACCCUGCGAGAGGAACCAAGGUUAGGCCAACGUUUCCAUCUCCUCAUCAAGGAAAGCAAGAAAUUCCGCAAAUAAAAAACGGAAUUAUUGCUAUUCGGGAUGUUUUGCGUUUGCCAGGGUUAAUGAGUAAAGUGGUGGUCGAAAAAGGUAAAGUAGCAAUUGAAAAAGGAUUGGAUAUUGAGCCAGCCGGAACUUGCAUUGGCGAACGGGGUGAAAGGGCCAGCAAUUACUUAGGGAUAAAUAUUCAUGUCCGAAUCUUGGAAGAGGUUGAAAAAGAUGAAGUUUUACAAAAUAAAGGUCAAGUAUUGCAAGAAAUUGCAAAAGGACAAAGUGUCGCUCGAAAUCAAACAUUAUCCUGGGACUUACUGACUGACUACUGUCAAAGCAUUAGAAUAGCAAUAAAAAAAAAAAGUGGGAUAAAUUUUAGCGAGAUUAUUCAAGAGUAUGUGAAAAAAAAUCCACCAAAAGAGCAAUUAGUCGCCCGUCCGCCCCUGGUUAGCAUUAUGGGUCACAUCGACCACGGCAAAACCACUUUAUUAGACACUAUUCGCCAGAGCCAAGUCCAAAAAAAAGAGGCCGGAGGAAUAACUCAAAAAGUUUCAGUUUCCCAAGCAGAAUUUCAAGGUCAAAAAAUUACUUUCUUAGACACCCCCGGACAUAGUGAUUUUAUUAAAAUGCGGCAACGAGGCAUUUCUUUGACUGAUCUAGUGGUCUUAGUAAUUGACGCUAGGGACGGGAUAAUGCCCCAAACCGCCGAAAUUAUUGAUUAUCUUCGCCAAUACCAAUUACCACUUUUGGUUUUUAUUAAUCACAAAAAACCUAGUGAGACGGAUAAUGAAACCAACUUAAAUCGAAUUCGAACCCAAUUACAAGAAAAAGGAUUAACUCCCCUCGAAUGGGGUGGAGAAAUAAUAGCGGUUUCGGGCAAUGCUAAGGAAAAAGAAAGUGUCCACCAUCUCAUGGAAAAUAUUCUGCUUUUUGCUGACUUUAAAGCCAGUCUCCACCGUCCAGCCCACGGAGUAAUAAUUGAUAGUUAUCUACACCCCCAAACUGGUUCCCAAAUUAAUGAGUUGUUAGUCCAGGAUGGCAAGUUAAAAGAAAAGGAUAUCAUUUUCCUCAAUGGGAAAUUUGGGAAAGCCAAAAUGAUAUUUGGACUUCACGGUCAGAAAAUCACGACCGUCUACCCGAGCGAUAUAGUUCAAGUCAUUGGUUUAAACAUUUCGGCUGAACUAGGAGACCGAUUUUUAGUGGUAGAUAAUGAAGAAGCCAUUGCCGAGAUAGAGAAUGAACUAGCCAACUAUUGGGAAAAAAAGAAGAAAUCAACUCUCCCCCCCCCUUCCAGUGAGAAAAAAAAUGUUAACUUGGUUUUGACGGCCGAUAGUCAAAACAGUCUUGAGGCCCUCACUGAACUGAUAAGAAAAAAAACUGCCCCUAAUUUCAACUUUUCCAUCAUCUACACCACCGUAGGAAAUUUAAAUAGUUUUGCACUCGAUCUAGCCAAAAUUACCAACAGCACCGUGCUAAUCUUUGGCUACCAACCCUCCCAAAAACAAAUAAAAAUUUGGAAGGAGGAUAAAAUUCCUUUUUUUGGCAGUAAAAUUAUAUAUGAGAUUAGUGAUAAAUUAGAUGAAAUUAUCAGUAGCCAACAAGAAGUGGAAGAAGUAGAGGAAAUAGUGGGAACCGCAACCGUAAAGAAAGUCUUUUACUUUUCCAAAGGCAACAUUGCUGGCUGUCAAGUAGUCAGCGGUAAAAUUAAUCGUAAUAAACGGAUUUAUGUUCUCCAAGGAAAAGAAGAAAAAAAAGUUUUUACCGGAGAAAUCAAAAGUUUAGAAAGUAAUAAGGUAGAAAAAAACGAAAUUAGUGCCGGUCAAGAAUGCGGAAUUGUCUUGAAAGGAUUUGAUAAUUUUCAAGAAGGAGAUAAGAUAGUAGCCUUUCAAUUAAUAAAAAGAAAUGUUAUUCAAGAAAAAUAA